AUAAGUUGAUAUGUACCAGUCAUUCCAUGAAGAACAUUUGUGCGCCUAUUUUUUUGUUUUUUAGAGCGCUGCAAUAAAUGGAAUGAAGUUUUUCCUCUUUUUUGUUUUUGUUUUUUUUUGUUGUUUUUUUCUCCAAGAGAUAGGCUACCUCAGACAACCCUGUGUUUACUGUGGAGCGGUGGACUGGCAGGAACUCACUUGUGUGUCCAUAGCAGGUAGCCUGCAGUGUGAGCAGGCCAGACAACACACUCAAGGGAUUGAAUGUUGUACAGGCCUGCUCAAGACAUGAUACUUGUAUUCCGUUUUUUUCUGGCAGAGAGAUUGUUGAUUGUUAGUAUUUUCCAUGUAGGUGUUGAGCCUGGCGAUCUGGGUACAUUUUGUCCAUGCAUGUGAGUUGUUCAGUAGGUAAAAUGCUACCGGUAUGAGUUAACAUACCUGUGCUUGAAGAAGGUAGAGAAGAAAAACAUUUCUAAGAACAAACCUCAAAACUACUUUGAAGUCUAUGAGUAAAGUUAAGUAUGUACUUAAUUUGCUAACAAAUGAUAGCAGUGGAUGCUCCUGUGUGGUAUGUGGGCAUCCCCAUCCUCAAAUUAACCCUUAAAGCGUUGCCCAUUGGGACUGACUCUCUUAACUGUAAGAGAAAAGGGGAGUCAAUUGAGAAACUUCCUAUCUGCCACGAAGAGAAAUAGACUGAGCAGAAAGCAGUUUGAUUCUGGCAUAUUUAAAGACCUGUCUUAUUAGAAAAGCACUGUGGAGAAAGUUUUCCUUUAAAACAAUCAUAAAAAUUUCUCCUAAAAAUCCCACCCUAAAUCUGCUUCACAUUAUCUAGUAUAUCUUCAGGGAAUUGCUUAAGACUUUUUUUUUUCUUUUUUUUUUUUUUUCCUUAAAGGACAGACUGCCUGUUGGAGAGACAUAUGCAUUGUUUCACCAAAGCUGUAGCCCUCUAUCUUCAGACAAGAGGGAAGCACAUUGUUUUGUGUCUUUGAUAUGAUCCAGCCAGAAAACAGCCUUAGGGAAAAAAAUUCACAGUCCUUGGCAGCAGUGCUGUCUUUCUGUCUUUUUUUUCUGUCAGUGCCACAGUGUACGCUGUUCUAAUAACUUGAGAUUAAACUCGCAUGGGGCGUCUCAAAAGUCCUUCUUAAGACUUGAGGUCAUAACUUGCUGAAAGUUCAGAGGGACGAAUCUCAUUUUCGUAAUGAAAAAAAGUUCCAGGGUUAUUUUAGAAUUAGGUCUAAGAAACUGGUACAAGAAGCUACUUUAGUACAGUAAGUUAGUGACAGUGCAGCAAAUUUGUAGUGGCUACUGAAAACUUUCCACCUUCCUGCUCAAGCAAGCUGAACCCUGCAAAAUUCAGAUGUUGAUUACAAAGGUGAUGGUUCAGGUCGCUGUAGACUGAUUAUUUCAAAUGCAUGAUCUGGCUGUACCUUCUGGUGGAAAAUGCUCAAGAAACUUCACAUAUUGUUUAUUUUGGUUAGAAUGAGUCCAUUGUAGUUUGGCAAGUAUCCUAAUUGAGAAAUGUCACAAUGUAUUCAAAAGCAGCUGCAUCUUCUACUUACAAGCUUUUCAGAGGGCUUGAACAUGCUUGUAAUAGUCAUGCUAUGAGCUGGGUACCUCUUGUAUCAAAUAGACCUAGUUUUAACAAAUUUUUGUGAUUUAUGCGUAUUACUGUACAGUAUAGUUUUGCAAGGUCAUCAAUUAACCUACAGGGAAGAUGGUGGGAAGUGAACUAAAGUUCAAGUCUUAAUGUUUUUCAGUAACAGCAGGACAAUAGAAGAGGGAAAAUAUUGGUUGUUACUAUUUCUUUAGCUUGCCCAUUAGUUUAAUUUUCUGUAUAGUAAUUUUUCUUCUUUCCACUGUGUCUGAGUAAAAUCUCUUUUUGCCCUUCCCUUAAAAUACUCAUACUUCUGGUAUAAACAUUAUAAUGUAUUUGCAUUUGAAAAUCUAGUGAAUAUAGUAAAAGAUACAACACUAUUAAAGUGUUACUCGAAAGUGCUUAAAACUAAGAAUAGUACGUUAUACUUGUAUCUGAUGGUGUCAUAGGAUCUGAAGUGUUUACAAUUUUGUGUUGGAUUAAACUAAUAGACCAUUUAACCCGCAUUUGCGGGUGGGGAUAAAUGUAAAUUCUUCUGUGGAAGAAUUUAAAAUAUAUCUGUGGUUUGAGGCUUAUGAGCAUGAUAAAUUUAGCACACUACUGUAAUCAGUCCAUUUUGUGCCAUGUCUCCAUAGUCUCUCAUUAUUGGCUAUAACUCCAGCAGAAUGAAUAUCUGUAUUCUCAUGUGGGUUUGUGGUGGUGGUAGGGAACCCUUAUUAUCUUUUUUUGAUUCUGAACUACUCUUGAAAAACAGCCAGCUUGUACGAAUAACGUGAUUGUGAAUUUCUCCUUAAGGCUGAAGUUGUGGUUUGCUGUAAGCUAUUUUUAAAAUAAUCUGCCUUAAUGAGGAGUGCACAUUCUUACAUCGGCACUGUUGCUGCCUUCAGUAAUGCACAAAGUAAGGCAGAGGGGGGAGUGUGUGCAUUUUCUACCUUAACUAUAGUUUUUAUUAUGGUCUCUGUGAGAAUUUGUAAUGUUUUUAUUUACUCUUUUUUAAACAAAACGAAUAUGCUACAGCAACCACCCAAAUACCAGAAUAUGUUAUCUGGGUGUUUGUGUUAAUCACAGAUGAAUUAAUAGGGAAAUGUGAGCUUCAGCAUAGUGCCAGAGCACUUCUGCAAAUGCAGUGGAAGAGGGAGUGCCUGAAGCUUAUUCUUGUAAGGCUUCUAAGGCUGGUAGACCUUAUGGUCAGCAAAAAGAUCUAGUGAUUUUUUUGUGCCUACAUUACCUUUACCAGUAGGUAUGGAAGAGGAAUGGAGUCGGACCCUGUUCUUUACUCUUGUGUAAUAAUCUUGAAUACUAAAGACUUCUGUUCUGAUCUUUAGACUAAACUGGUUCUUUGCUUUGGUCUUCUAUUCCCUUGCUGUGCCCAUUCACUGUAGGAAGUAGAAGAAUCUUACGUCCAGCACUCUCUAAACCCAUUAAAAGGUUUUGGGUGGGUAUAGUUAAAUGAUACCUCCCAAGGCAUAAAUAGGAGAUAGGAGCAUCCUAUCUCUGUGGCAGAGGUAGGAGCCAGUGUGCAGCUCUUCAGUGUCCCUCCCUUUCCCACCUGUCUGGUUGUCUGCCAGCAAGUCUUUUUAUUAUGCCCUUCCCUACACUGAGCACUUCAGUCCUGCUUGCCUAAAUGAGUGCCUGUUUCCUGACUUGCUUAGGUAGAAUUGAGUGUGACUGGGGAUUCAGGAAUAGAGCAGCAGGGUAUGCUUUGCCUCAAAACCUUCUACCUCUGAUGUUAGUGAUCCUCUUCAUGUUUGGAUGCAAAAGGACGGUGCUGGGAACAGCGCUUCCUGGCAACUGUGACCACUCCCAAAAUCCAUCUGCUUCUCCCUCCUGUGCCUAGGGUGCUCCCAAAAAAUCCUGAAACCACACGGGUGUGGCUAUCAAAAGGCACAUGGCAGACAGAAAUAGCCUAAAGCUGGAUGUUGGGCGUAGUUUUGCUUUUGUCAUUUGCUUGAAUGGGACUUUUUCUUCACUUAGAUUACGUGGGAUAUGUAUGAAGAGCUUUCAGAGUAAAAUGUAACCCUGUGAUCAUCUGUACCCCAAACAGGUGCAAACUCGUCUAAAACCUGCGGAAUAACCUUGAUUGUCCAGCUGAUCUUAAAUUUAUGUUGUUUUUUGACAGUGACUUCACUUUGAUUUUUAGCUCUAGCAGCCAGCUGGUGUCUCAAGUACAUGCAUGUGAUGCCAGGAUCUAACAAGAUUUGUGGGGUGCAGUGCUAAAGCAAUACAGGAAAUGACUAGCUAGGGUUGGUACAGUAGGCCUCACUAAACUUAGCUGCAACUAAGAAUUUCUCCUACAUCAACUGAGUUAAGGCUGAUGCUCUUGUGGAAUGUGGAUUAAAAGUGCGUGCUAAGUUCCAAAUUUCCAUUUGAGAAGCGGAGAAAGUAAAUGUACCACAACCACCAGCAUCAGGACAGCAAACCAAGGGACAAAGAAUUUGAUCCACAGUGUUGAUAUAUGUUAACUGGUUCACGUGUUGCUUAAAAGACGUUUGCUGGGGGGCGAGAAGUGGACGUCAGCUGUGCGAAGUCAUUUUGUUUACAAAAAUGAGGGCUUCUUUGGAAACAGCAGACAUUGCCAUUGUGGCACUGUACUUCGUGCUUGUAAUGUGCAUAGGUUUUUUUGCCAUGUGGAAAUACAAUCGGAGCACCGUAAGUGGCUACUUUUUGGCAGGGCGUUCUAUGACCUGGGUAGCUAUUGGUGCAUCUUUAUUUGUGAGCAAUAUUGGAAGUGAACAUUUCAUUGGGCUCGCAGGAUCUGGAGCGGCGAGUGGAUUUGCAGUAGGUGCAUGGGAAUUCAACGCCUUAAUGCUUUUGCAGCUUUUAGGAUGGGUCUUCGUCCCAGUCUACAUCCGGUCAGGAGUAUACACCAUGCCUGAAUACUUGUCCAAGCGUUUUGGAGGGCAUAGAAUUCAAAUAUAUUUUGCAGCAUUGUCUCUAAUUCUUUAUAUCUUCACCAAACUCUCAGUUGACUUGUAUUCAGGGGCGCUUUUUAUUCAAGAAUCGCUAGGUUGGAACCUCUAUUUGUCAGUUAUCCUCCUUAUUGGAAUGACUGCACUGUUGACUGUGACUGGAGGUCUUGUGGCUGUCAUCUACACAGACACACUUCAAGCUCUGCUUAUGAUUAUUGGUGCCCUCACACUUAUGAUCAUAAGUAUUACGGAGGUUGGUGGGUUUGAAGAAGUUAAAAGAAGGUAUAUGUUAGCAUCACCAAAUAUUACGUCUAUCUUGUUAACCUACAACAUUUCCAAUACCAAUUCCUGCAAUGUCGACCCAAAGCCUGAUGCUCUUAAAAUGUUGCGUGAGCCAACAGAUGAAGAUAUUCCCUGGCCUGGAUUUCUGCUGGGACAGACCCCAGCUUCUGUCUGGUACUGGUGUGCUGAUCAAGUCAUAGUUCAGAGAGUUUUAGCUGCAAAAAACAUUGCUCAUGCCAAAGGAUCCACUCUGAUGGCAGGCUUCUUAAAGUUGCUGCCGAUGUUUAUUAUAGUUGUCCCAGGGAUGAUUUCACGAAUACUGUUUGCAGAUGAUAUCGCCUGCAUUAAUCCGGAACACUGUUUUCAAGUCUGCGGGAGCAGAGCUGGAUGCUCUAACAUUGCCUACCCACGUUUGGUGAUGAAACUUGUGCCGGUUGGUCUACGGGGACUGAUGAUGGCUGUGAUGAUCGCUGCACUGAUGAGUGACUUGGACUCAAUAUUCAACAGUGCCAGCACCAUAUUCACACUUGAUGUCUACAAACUCAUUCGGAAGAGCGCGACGUCUAGAGAACUGAUGAUUGUGGGAAGAGUCUUUGUUGCGUUCAUGGUAGUUAUAAGCAUUGCCUGGGUCCCAAUAAUUGUAGAAAUGCAAGGUGGUCAGAUGUACCUUUAUAUUCAAGAGGUAGCAGACUACUUGACCCCACCGGUGGCUGCUCUGUUUCUUAUGGGUAUCUUUUGGAAGCGUUGCAAUGAGCAGGGGGCUUUCUAUGGCGGAAUGGCUGGGUUUGUUCUUGGAGCGAUACGGUUGAUACUGGCAUUUAUCUAUCGUGCUCCGGAGUGUAACCAGCCAGAUACUAGGCCAAGCUUUAUCAAAAACAUCCAUUACAUGUAUGUUGCAACAGCUCUGUUCUGGAUCACUGGGAUUGUGACCUUUGUAGUAAGCCUUCUCACACCUCCGCCUACGAAGGAGCAGGUUCGGACGACCACUUUCUGGGCUGUGAAAAACAGGAACGUAAAAGAGAACGCUUCAAAGGGGGAGCUGUACAAAGUGCAAGAAAAGAACAUCCUCAAGUGCAAUGAAAAUGCUAACCAUAUCAUUCCAAACGGCAAAUCAGAAGAAAAUAUUAAAAAUAUUAAGCCGGAGGAUAUAAAUCUUCUGGUUACUUGCAGAGAUGACAGCAACCCGGUGAUUUCUGUGAGUCACUCUGAAGUCGAGACGCCAGUAGAUUGUUACUCGAAUGGACAAGCAGCUUUGAUGGGAGAGAAAAAGCAUGAGGAAGAGACUGAUGAUAGAGACAGACAUUUGAAAUUCAUAGAUUGGUUCUGUGGCUUUAAAAGUAAAAACAUGAACAAGAGAGCUGUUCGGGAGAUGGAGGAAGAGACUGUUUGUUUACAAAUGCUGGAAGAGACUCCAAAAGUUAAACUAUUACUAAAUACUGGACUGGUCUGUGUCUGUUCGCUUGGAAUAUUCAUGUUUGUCUAUUUCUCUUUGUGAGUGAAUAGUGAACUUUUAAGGGUAUGGCUAAACAUACAGAAGUUGAUACAGGUCUCUGGAGAUUUUGUUUUGGUUUUUUGUUUGGGUUUUUUUUGUUUGUUUGUUUGUUUUUCUUUUCAAACAGCAUAACCGCAACCCAGGCAUUGUUUACGCUAUAAUUGUAAGAUCAACUCAACUUUAGCCUAUUUAGAGAUCAUUUGAGACAUGUUGUCCUAUCUGCUGAAGGCAGAACGUGUCGUGUGGUGUCUUUUUCUUUUUUCCCUUUUGUCUUUUUUUUUUUUUUCAUCUGCAGUACUAACCUUUUGUUUUUCCAUGUAUACAUGUAUAAAUAUACCAAAGGCAGGCAGGUGGCUGUGUUUGAAGUCAGGCAGUUACAGAGCUCAGUCAGCAUUAAGGUGAAGAUAACAAGUAAUCAUUUACCGAUGUGUAAAAUCUAAAUGGUUAAAGCAGUGUUGAAAGAUUUUUAAAUGUAGGGCUGCAAUGCACAUUGCUGUGUAGUUGUUCUUUGUAACAUAGCUGUAUUACCUUGGCCAACUUAGCACCUUUUAAUUUUGCUCGCUGCUGCUAGGUUUUUUUCAGUUUUUCAUUUCUCUUAUGGCAACAACAGGAAGAUAUUUUGUCUCAUCUUGUAGCACUUAAAACAUGAUAGCUGUUAGUAGCUUUCUGUCUUUUUUUUCUCUGUAAGAAAUUUUUUGUCUUUUGAUUUUAUUCACUGUAAAUUCCAUUACUGAAAAGUUGCCGUAUUUAAAAAAAAAAAACAAAAAACAACCCCCCCCCCCGGAGAUGACAAACUGGCAAUAGAGGAGAGGGGGAAAAGGAAAGAAAGAAAUACUCUUUAUUUGAGUUUUGUGGUAUAUUGAAAUAGAAGACUAUAUAUUCAGCCUCUUCAGUCCCCAAACCUUUAGGACAUAAUUAGGGUUAGCCUCUUUUUAGAGAAAAACCUGUACGUAGGUUCUACCACAUGGGAAAAAGAGAAAUGUGAAACAUUGCAUAUCUUCAGUUUGGUAAGCACACUGAGAACUCUUUUCCUCUGCUGUGUACGCCUAGAAGGAAAUACUCUGCAGCCCUACCAUUGCUGCAUAUAUGGAGUCUGUAAGGGGAGAAAAGUGGGAAGACAAGAGGAAGGGGGAGUGGGGGAAAGAAGAGGAAGUGGUCCUUACUUUCCAGAGUCCUUUUGCCUCAUGUCUUCUCCCAUUUCCUCUCUCACCCUGUCAAAUCUUCCUUUUUAAGGAAUGACUCCUGAGGUAUUCUGUGUCAGGAGAGGAGCGCGUGCAGUUGUAAUCUUUGUUGGCAACUGAGGUCUGCCCUUAUGAUUCUUCAAAAAAGUGAAACUUUUCCCAGGCAAUCACAGACAAUCAGUAGGACUCAAGGUGCUGAGGUUCUUUUUUCCCGAAGGAUGGAUGCCUGGGGCAGGGAAUGAACAGUUCCCAGGUGUGGAGGAGGUGUGUGCAGCAGGUCGGUGGAACUCAACAGACCAAAACGUUGCAGAGUUCGGUCCACUUCCACCUUGGUAAAGCAGGGGAAUGCAUUGCCAUCCUGGGUGCUCUCGCCCUUGUGCUAAACCAAGCCAGGGCCUGUUUUCGCGCACAGAGGCCAGCUGACAGCGUGUGGCUGCACUCGUGGUAUUAAACUUCCUUACCCUCCAGGAUAGAGGGGUCACAUCCAGGCUUCCUGUGAAAAUAAUUUCUCCAACUGUCUUUGCUCCUGAGCUCCUCUCGGGACUUGUUUGGGAGAGCACAAACUGGUUAGGCCAAAAAUGGUCUAAGGGACCGUGCUGACAGUUCAACAGCAUCAAUUCAAGGGUCCAGCAAUGUUUCCUUGGCACAUAAACAACAACCAAUCCCUACGGGUGAAAUGGUUCUGUAGAAAUGAAAUUUGGGUUAAUCCUGCCUUUGACUCCGGGAGAAAGUUUGCUUUCCAGUACAGUGGUGCUGUAAGCUGCAGGCUGUCCAAAUAGCUUUUAGUAGUAUGAUGUGUAAUACAUAUUUUCAGAUAAAAUGAUUAACUUUCAUUUUUGUGGGGGUUUUUUUGUUUGUUUUGUGUUGUUUUUAAAUUGAUUGAAUCCCAUUCAUUCUGAGACUUUAGACAGAUGCCAAGAUGCCCCACCUUUCUCCACUUUGUUCAGUUUUUGCUGCUGUAAAGUAGACUACUCUUAACUGGAAAUACAGUAAUAAACGUAGGAGCAGUGUUGUAAUAUAUGUAGAAGAGGAGAGUUACCAUACCUGAGUCUUGAUGUUGAUACCAGUGUACAAGACAGAUUUUCUUAUGGUUUGUGUGGCUGGCUUCGUUCAGAAAAAUACUUCAAAUCCUUUUUAAUGGUAAAAUUGUAGCAUGUGAAAUAUGUUAAUGGCAUCUCAAGUUACUUCAUUAGUGGGCUGAGUUGGGAAGGAUGGUGCUAUAAAAAGAUAUAAAACAUAGUUAAUUGUUUCUAUGCAGGAUAAAGUCAUCUAGGGCAAAAUUUUAUCUUAGCAGGAUGAAAAAUAACAACUCGUGGAGGGUAAAGAUCAGUCUCAGUCCAACAAUACCUUCUUGAAAAGGCUGGGAUCUGGCUGAUAUGCCUAAUUUGGCACAGGGAAGGAGAGAAUCAUGUACCAGGCACUGUCCCUUAGUAACUUGGCAUGUCUUUCUAUCGGCAGCUGGUACUUGGAUUUUCCAGACCAGUCCUUUUUGCUCUCAAUAUUAACAAAUGCAUUGCCACCUAACCUGUGAAGCCAGGUUAGUUCAGGGACCCUUUUGCUUGGCUGCCAUUGCUUCAUCUGUGCUUGCUUUUUUCCCAGGGUGCCUUACAUGGUUAUGAAGCUGAAAGCAUGGCUUUUAUUGCCACCUGAAGAGUGAUUUGCUUAUAAUGGCUUUUCCCAGCUUGUUUUUCCUCUGCUCUCCCCCCCUCCACGAGUCAUUUGCUGUUUAAAGAGAAAGCUGUUUAAAGAGUUAAUACACAGGAUGCCUGCAUCCUGUUCAGUAUAACUACAGUCAGAUCCAUGGUGAAAUUGUCCUUUGACUGUGUUAGGGAGUCACAGUCCUUCGCAAAUAUAUGCUGUAGCCUUUGACUGUUGAAUCUGAGAUACUCCAUCUCCCAGUUAAUUUAUUCUCACUUUUGCUAAACUAACAAGUUGUUGCAUUAAUCACAGUGGUAAUUUGCAGUCAGUCAGGAUCUUAAUAAAGUAAUACUUUGCAUCCCCCCAUCUUUAGACCUGUUAUUGUGAAGAAGCUUUUAAGCAAAUUAGUUUUCCAGUGCUUUUUCUCUUCAGUCAUUUAAAAAUGUGUUUCUGUGCUACUCUCUGCCUAAUGCCGGCCUCUUCAGUCGUGCUCUGUUUUUAUGUCUUAGAGCUGUCAUAGAACUUGCAAAUGUUCUUUGCUGCAUAUAACCACUUAAUAAAAGGCCUUUAUUAGAAAAAAAAAAAUUAUAAGGCUUCAAGCAAACUGUUUAUUGGUGAGCAAGUACCUUGCCCUAUGUUAUGGACCUUAGUAUAAGAAGUUGCUUGAGGAUUUUUUUAUAGCGUAAACAUGCCUUUGCUAAUCUUCUGAUCAUGAUCUACAUGGAAGAGGUGUUAACCCAGAUUAAUAUGUUUUGGUUUAAACACCAACUUUUGGUCCAGUAAAACUACAAAGUGUCUCCCAUAAUGGACAAUCAGUUCCAUAAAUUUUAAUGCCUGGCCUGGCCCCCUCCUUCUCGGUGGGACUGGCUAGUGAUGCAGGGGUAGAUCCAGGAGGACACAUGCUUCUGUCUUGCAGCAAUUGGUUUAUUUAUUGCCUUGUGCUUAGAACGACAGUCUUGAAAAACUUAUUUUGGAAUGACACCUUUUUUUGUUGUUAUUUCCCUUAACUUAUUUUUCUGUUAAGAUAUUUGAAUUUUCUCCCAGAAAUUUGUUAGAAGCCUUUUAUUUAAAAAAGAAAAAAAGAAAAAGAAAAAAAAAAAAAAAGAGGCUUCUUGAGAGCUCCAUAGUACAGUCUGGGAGACUGUUCUUAUUUAAUUAUUUUUUUUUUUAAAUGACUGAUUUGAUGCUAUUCUCUGCCAAAGUUUAGGGGUUUUUGUUGUUUUGGUAAUUUUUCCUGUUAGCUUUUACUAAUACCUGAAAGGAAAUGGUGAGAGAUUGUAAGAAAUUAAAAUGGCCUUCAGUGUACCACCUGUGUAUUUUCUACUUCUCCACUUCUGUGUUCCCCUUUCCACCCUAAUCCCAGAAGGGCCAGCAUGAGACUUCUGAUGCAAGUUAUGAGAGUACUGUAACUGAGUAGUGAAAAGGAUUUCCCACAACGUUGCAGUGAAGUGGGCAGAGCCAUCAAAGGAUCUCUGUGCGAACACAUAAAGCAGAAGAUGCUUACAACUUUAAAACGUACAGCUUUAUUUUUUUUAUAUAUAUAUUUUUUUAAAUCCUAAGAUAAAGGAGGUAUUGGGAGAUGCUCCCUUUCAGAGAACAGGAUACAUGGAAGAAGUUGGAGUUGCUAAGCUCUAGCUUUCUUGAGGAAAUCUUUGGAUUUAGCAUGUAUAGCGAAGCAAAAGUACUCAUCUGUUAAUUUGGUAUUCUGUGUGUUCUGUGCCCUUAAAUGUAAUUGUUUUGAAAAUAAAACUAACCUUGUUAUGUGAUGUUAAAAAGCAGACUUGUGUGCAAUGUUUUAAAUUUUUUUUUUUUAAGAAAAUGUUUGUAUAUAAUUAAAUGGUUUAAUGUGCUUUAAUUGGCCUAAGGUAAAGAGUAGUCCUAGAAUGUAAACAUAUAUAAUUAGGAUUUCUGAUUUCACUGUGAGAUCUCUGAACUCUCUUGUUUUGCAAAGUGGUUUGUUUUGUUUACAAAACACUUUCUAUUAUUUCUUUUAUGGUGUUGGUUUAAAGGCAUUUGCUUCACUUCUGUUCUAAUAUUCAUGGUAUAGUGACAUCUGGUGACACUUAGCAUUAUCAGUUUCACUGUGUAAAGUCAGACACUUUGAGCAAAAAUGGUAAUGAUAUGACAAUUCUCUGUGUCUAUGAAUACACGUUUUUAAAUGAGGUGGUUAUAAAAAUAGUUGCUGUGCAAAAUGUUAGUAGUCUUCUUCAAGAAGAAAGCAAAUUUUUAAUAUCACUAGAGCAGUCUAUUCAUUCAUCUUCUUAUUUUUAAAGCACAGUGUCAAAGUGAUGCUGCUUUACCUUGUAUCUCUGAUAAAAUGUUUUUUUAGAUAUCUGUGAAGUAUUUUUGGUUUUUGUUGCUGUUGUAUUUUUCUGCAGAUUUUAUAUAAAAUACCAGUUAAUUAACUGCCUUUUUCUUUUUUUUUUAACUAUUCAACUAAAAUACAUUUCAGACCAAAACCAAAUGAUAUCAUAUACCAUUUGAAACCUGCCUUUUUCCUUGUCCCUUGUUCUUUUUUUUUUCUUUCUUUCUUUCUUUUUUUUUUUUUUUUUUUUUUUUUUGAAAUAAGCCAAACGGGCAUGUAGAUAAGAUCACUAUAAUGGAUCCAGGUCUCUUUUAGUAAAGUGUUAUUUAAAGGUCUGUUAAGAUCUUAUAAGACAAUAUACUGAAAAAAAUUAUUGUAGUAGGAAUAUAGAUUUAGAAGUGUUAAUGAGAUUAAUACAGCUUAAUUAUAUUGUAAGUUGCUACUGUCCUUAAUGACAAGCUUUUUGUCAUAGAAACGAUGUAUGAUAAAUUAAUUUUGGUCUAGUGUAUAGAAUUAUCAUAUUGCUAUAAAUCUUUGAAGUAAAUCUGAUGCAAAAUUUUCAUAGUUAGCAUUGCUGGCCCUGUGUAUACUGUUCUUUGUAUACUGUAUGCAUAUUAUUUUGCCUACUGCAUUAGUCUUCAAACUAAAACUCUUAUUAGAGAGUAUUUGGAUACUUCAGACUGUGUUUCUUGCAGUUUACAUUCCUUUACCAUGGCAUUUUGUCCUGUCUAAAAGUAUUGUAUGGAAAUGUUUAAAACUUCUGUACAAAGUUUCAAUAAAAAUAGAGAAAAAAACCAAACAAACAACAAAA